GUGUCACAUGCUAACUCACAUUGGACUGACAGUGUGUAUAGAAACGACACUGCACGACAGGUGGUGGCAGAGAUGAAAAAGCCAGGAGGAGUCACUACAAAGGUAUCAUUCAACAAGGAGUACAAGUCUAAUGUUUACAAGAACUUAUUCUCCUCUGACAUGCUUUUCAAUUUCACCCUCAUACUUCCAAAGAAUUACAGCAACACAUCACUUGACGGAAACAUGACGUCAUCAGAUAACGUGACGUCACCAGAUAACAUGACGUCAUCACUGGAUAUCACAAUGAAAGGCUCGACUGGUGUGGUGAUAGCGACCAUCACGACACACGACUACAGGAGCAAGAAAUGGGGAGGCAGCACAUCUUAUGUUUACAUUCCAGAGGAUGAGAACAUGUGGUCACACCAUGUGAACGUCACGUUAGGAGAGUGUGAUGUGAUGAGAGUUGAAGUGUGUCUCAGAGGCCUGUUCAGCAGUAAACAGAGGUGCCAAGUCAAAGAGAUCAAUUGUAGAGGAGAAAACCCAACAUCACCUCUUGAAGAUACCAUCAAGAAAAGCUCUGCGCCCCAAAAAACACCGACCUAUAUCUUUGUUAUCCUUGUACUACUCCUUACAAAUCAGGCUUUUUGGGGACUAGGCUGCUAUUAAUUAUUCUAUUAGACUUGACCAACCGUUAGAUGA